CGCCUCGUUCCCUCUGUUAACUGCUCUCCGUUUGUCAACACUAAAAUGUUAAACAAAUAAAAUUCUUUCCGAAUCACCAAAAACAGCAACUGUUUGUAAAAUAUCAUAAAUUAUUUAUUAAAUUUAUUAAAACCAACGGGAAAAUGGCAGCAAAAGUAGCUAGCGGCACGAACAAAGUGUUCCAGAACCACGAUGACGUGCACAUCUCCUUCGAGGACCAGCAGCGGAUCAACCGCUUCGCGAAGCACAACGCCCGCAUGGAUGACUUCAAGGCGGAGCUGGAAACAAAGCGCAGUGAGCUGAAGAGCUUGGAGGAGGCGCUGGAGGAGAUCGAGCUGUUCGACGAGGACGAGGACAUACCGUUCCUGGUGGGCGAAGUGUUCCUCUCGCACAAGCUGGAGAAAACACAGGACAUGCUGAAGGAAACCAAGGAGCAGGUGCUCAAGGAGAUCGCCGGCGUGGAGGCCAAGACGAAGGUUAUCAAGGCGGAAAUGGAUGAGCUGAAGGCUCAUCUCUACCAGCGGUUCGGCAGCAAUAUCUCCCUGGAGGCCGAGGAUUAAUCCACAAUUGAUCGAUUGUUAAUUUAACAUUUUACAAAAUAGAGUACAUUUAAUUUAAACUCAA